AUGGUCCAAAUAAGUGAAGUGAAUGAAUCAAAUUCAGUCUCAACAAAUAAAGAUAAUAGAACAGCAACACAUACUCAUAUAAAAGGUUUAGGAUUAAAUGAACAUGGAAUUGCCAAACCUAUUGAUGCUGGAUUCAUAGGUCAACAAGAUGCAAGAGAAGCAUGUGGUAUAAUAGUUGAUUUAAUUAAAUCUAAAAAAAUGUCAGGAAAAGCAGUAUUAAUUGCUGGACCACCAGCAACUGGGAAAACAGCUUUGGCUCUUGCAGUAUCACAAGAAUUAGGUCCAAAAGUUCCAUUUUGUCCUAUUGUUGGUUCAGAAUUAUAUAGUGCAGAAGUUAAAAAAACAAGUGCAUUAAUGGAAAAUUUUAGAAAAGCUAUUGGAUUAAGAAUUAAAGAAACAAAAGAAGUUUAUGAAGGUGAAGUUAUUGAAUUAACUCCAGAAGAAGCUGAAAAUCCUUUAGGUGGUUAUGGUAAAACUAUAUCUCAUGUUAUAGUUGGUUUAAAAACUGCAAAGGGAACUAAAAAUUUAAGAUUAGAUCCAAGUAUAUAUGAAUCAUUACAAAAAGAAAGAGUAUCAAUUGGUGAUGUAAUAUAUAUUGAAUCAAAUACUGGAGCUGUAAAAAGAGUUGGUAGAUCAGAUGCUUAUGCUACUGAAUUUGAUUUAGAAGCUGAAGAAUAUGUUCCAUUACCAAAAGGUGAAGUUCAUAAAAAAAAAGAGAUAGUACAAGAUGUAACAUUACAUGAUUUAGAUGUUGCUAAUUCAAGACCUCAAGGUGGUCAAGAUGUUUUAAGUAUGAUGGGACAAUUAUUAAAACCUAAAAAAACUGAAAUUACAGAUAAAUUAAGAACAGAAGUCAACAAGAUAGUUUCAAAAUAUAUUGAUCAAGGUAUUGCAGAAUUAAUUCCUGGUGUAUUAUUUAUUGAUGAAGUUAAUAUGUUAGAUUUAGAAAUUUUUACUUAUUUAAAUAAAGCUUUAGAAAGUUCUAUAGCUCCAAUAGUUAUAUUAGCUUCAAAUAGAGGUUUAACUACAAUAAAGGGAUCAGAUGAUUUAUCAACAAAAGCACCUCAUGGUUGUCCACCAGAUUUAAUUGAUAGAUUAUUAAUUAUAAGAACAUUACCAUAUAAUAAAGAUGAAAUAAAAAUUAUAAUUGAAAAAAGAGCUAAUUUAGAAAAUUUAAAUUUAUCUGCUGAUGCAUUAAAUAAAUUAGCUGAACAUGGUUAUAAUACAAGUUUAAGAUAUUCAUUACAAUUAUUAACUCCUGCUGGAAUAUUAGCUUCAACUUCAGGUAGAUCAGAAAUAAACUUACAAGAUAUUGAAGAAUGUGAAUUAUUAUUCUUGGAUUCAACUAGAUCUACAAAAGUUUUAAAUGAAACUAAAUCAUUUCUUUAA